AUGGCAUCAAUCUCGAAGGUUUCUUCAGACGAAGUUCAGGCACUUACGGGCCUGAACAAUCCUCAGUGGAAAAGAUUCUUUCGAAUCACUCUGGCUGAGGCAAAAGAACUCGUCAAGUUAUAUCCUACCUCAUGGGUAGGCCUUCCAUACAUGGAACAGGAAGCCUUGUGGGAAAGGGUAAAUGAAGCUCUUCGAAACGAAAACAUCCCCGCGGUGGAUGAAAACAUAAUCAGUUGGCGAAUGAUACGGGCAAUAGACUAUGCGAAAGCUAUCCGACCAACAGCAUCUGCAUCGGCAUCCGUAACGGUCCCACGAUCUCUACCAUAUGAUCCAGUUCGUGAUUUGGCCCAAGGGUAG